AUGGUUUCGUUUAUGGGAGCCAAUUUACAUGCGGGAGAAAACCCUCCAGUUUUAGGACGUGUACAACUUCCUAUAAACGUAAGAUCAAAUCCAGUACUGGUUAAUGGGUCUAGAAGUUCAACUCCAGCCACAGUUGGAAACUAUCAAGCUGAAACUUCCGAAACUGUGGAACCUAGAUUAGUACACAAGUGGUCACAUACACAUUCUAUUCUUUGUGUGCUUCCAUAUGCGAAACAAGAGCUCUUGUUUUGUGGAACUCAAGAUGCCAAAAUUCUUGUUUUCGAUUUACAAACUUAUACACUAAAAACUGUUAUCAGUACCGAACGCCAUGAUGACGCGGCUUCGGUUCUAUGCUUGGCGAUGGCCGAAAAUGAACAAUUUUUGUUUGCUGCUGGUUCUGACUCGUUGGUAAGAGUUUAUGACAUUUCAAAAGCGGAAUUUCCAUGCACCCAUGUCAUUUACUCUUCUGUCGAUAUUGGCGAUGUAUUUUCUCUUGCGUAUUCCAGCUCCUUGGGAACGUUGUUUCUCGGAGCACAAAACGCCAGCAUUCUUUGGUGUGAUUUGUCUCCCAAUUCAGCCAGUUCCGGCUCGGAAAUAAAGUAUGAGAGACUUCCUCAUGUUCGCUACGAUCGGUUUUUUGACUCCAAGGGCCCAGGAGGCUCCUCAAAUACCCCGGCACAAACCAAAAAAACUCAUUCAUGCUUGGACCUGGUUCGCCUUGUGGAAACGAAACCGGACGAUAUAGUGCGGUUUGCUCACAAUGGCUUCAUAUACGUGAUGGAAGUUUUCGACUGUCACCUGCCCACGGCCCCUCAUUUUGUUAACAAUUAUGCAUCUACCUAUCAAAGCGUCCUUUUAAGUGGGGGAGGAGACGGUUCUAUCAAGCUUUGGGGUAUAAGUUGUUCUCCUCGUAUCACCCUCACCGAGUUGCAAACUCUUGAAAACACUGCAUCUAUUCUUGCCAUGACUAUCCAAGAGUCCUACGUCUACGUUGGUCUUUCUAAUUCUUGUGUUAAUGUGUGGGAUUUAGUAACGAAUCAAUUAGUUCGGUCUUUCCACUUUUGCCUGAACAAUGAGCUCACUAGUGAUUUUCAAGAACAAUACCCGGGUCAAUGUGACGAAAUUCUUAGUCUUUUACUCCACAACGAUUGCAUCUUCAAGGCUUCAACUAAAUCUGGUUUGGUUAAAUUUACACUCCGCUCAAACCCUGUUCCAGCAAACUUACCUAAGGACGUUUCCAAUGACUCUAUUGUGAUGUCCCAUGAAGACGAUUUGUACAACAGCGCUUUUAACACAUCCAGCACCUCUGUACUAGCCAUGGGCAAGUUUUCCAACUCUUCAGGCUCAUCUUUCUUGGUAUCCGCUGGACACCAGGGAUUAUGUUUGUGGGACAUUACUAAUGCUGGUUUGAAUCCAAAAAACGAGAACAAGGUCAGACCCACAAAAUAUAACCAUGGUUAUACAAACAAUGACCUAUUGACAUCUCUUGAAGGGUUCAUAUCCUUCAAAACAAUUCUGAAAAACCCAACCUUGUAUUUGGAAGAAUCAAGAGCUUGUGCCCAAUUCUUGAGCAAACUUUUGGUAAAUUUGGGAGCACUGGAGAAUAAAUUAAUCCCAGUCGCCAACGGAAAUCCAAUUGUAUACUCUUGCUUCCGUGCUAAUGCUCCUCUGGUUUCGACCAAAAAGGUCCCUCGAGUUCUUUGGUAUGCUCAUUAUGAUGUGGUUGAAGCUUCUUCAAGCGACGACUGGUCCACAAACCCAUUCAUUUUGACAGCAAAAGACGGCAAUUUGUACGCUCGAGGUGUGUCAGAUAACAAAGGGCCAGCUUUAGCUGCAAUUUAUGCCGUAUCCGAGUUAUUUCAAACGAAACAAUUGACUUGCGAUAUAGUCUUUGUCCUUGAAGGAGAGGAAGAAACCGGUUCUGUGGGGUUCCAAAGGGCCAUUACAGAAAAUAAAUCAUUUAUUGGCGAUGUCGAUUGGAUUAUGCUCUCCAACUCGUACUGGAUGGACGACGAAAUUCCUUGUUUGAACUAUGGUUUGCGUGGACUUAUCAAUGCCUCGUUGUCAGUUUCGUCCAGUAAACCUGAUCGUCAUUCAGGUGUAGAUGGAGGAGUUCUGAGAGAGCCAACUAUGGACCUUGUUCAACUUUUGGGCCAACUUCGCGGACCUCGAAAUAAGAUCAAUAUCGACAAUUUCUAUGACGAUUGCUUACCACUUAUGGAACUGGAGAUCAAAACUUACGAGAGAAUUGAAAGAAUUGCAGCCGAGAAGGAUAUCCCCAAUCUGGACGUGCCGUCGUUAAUUGCCAAAUGGCGUGAACCUUCGUUGACUAUACACAAAAUUGAAGUGUCAGGUCCUAAUAAUAAUACUGUUAUUCCUCAGACGGCCAAAGCUUCGAUUUCCUUACGUAUUGUUCCAAACCAGAAUCUCGAAACAAUAAAGAAACAAUUGGUUUCGUCUCUCGAAACUGCUUUUAAAGAUCUUGAAACAGAUAACAAAUUGAAGAUUGAUAUAUUCCAUGAAGCAGAGCCGUGGUUAGGUGAUCCUACAAAUGUGGCCUACAAACUUCUUUAUAAAAAAAUUAAAGAGAAUUGGGGUCCAAACGUUCCUGACCCAUUAUUCAUCAGAGAAGGUGGCUCGAUUCCUUCGAUACGAUUUCUCGAAAAAUCAUUUUCCGCACCAGCUGUACAAGUGCCUUGUGGUCAAGCGAGCGAUAAUGCUCACUUGAAGAACGAGAAGCUUCGAAUUCUCAACUUGUACAAGCUUCGGGCUAUUCUCUUUGAUACUUUCAAAGAACUUGGAGAUAGUCAUAGCAUAAGCAUAUAA